CUAAGGAUCCGAGCAGCUAUCGUCUCUCAACAAUUUGACUCUGGGAAAACGAUCUGAAGGGCAAGAGGCACCUUGAGUAGACACACUGCAUAAUCCCGAUGCACUGUGUAGCUUUCAGCGCGAAUUAACGCAAAAAUGAACCGGGCGGCGGCAGUGAGCAUACGCAACCCUUCACCUGAUCGAUCCAAGCUCCGCUCGCGUUUGAGCGCAUGUUCAGUUGCUAAAACCUACCAGCUCUCACCCGCAAAUGACACUCGAACUGAAUCCCGUGAUCGUGAAGCAUAAAACAGAAAGCGAGCCGAAUAGGGCCCAGAGUCAUCGGCCGAGUCAUUUCGGCCGAAGUGUUUUAUGAAGCCCCGACUUCCGUGCAUCCCUCUCUACUCUUCCCACUACCUCCAUGGCCCCCAGAUCCUUUCGCGUAGUCGUCCUUCCAGGCGAUGGCAUCGGACCUGAAGUCGUUGGACAAGCAACGCGCGUCCUUGAGGCAGUCUCUGCCGCGUCACCCGACUUCGACCUCAAACUAGAGGUCCAUCAAUUUGGUGGAUGCGCCAUCGAUUCCACAGGCGAUUCCCUCCCUCCGUCCACGCUCGAAGCAUGCGAGCAAGCUGAUGCCAUCCUCAUGGGUGCUAUCGGCGGCCCCAAGUGGGGCGUGGACGCAAAAGUUCGGCCGGAAGUCGGUCUACUCAAAUUGCGCAAGGCGCUUGGGCUCUACGCCAACAUCCGGCCGGCCAACUUCGCUUCCGAUACUCUCGUCGCCGCCUCCCCCCUCAAGCCGGAGAUCGUCAAGGGCACCGAGAUCAUCGUCGUGCGGGAGCUUAUCGGCGGUCUGUACUUCGGUGAGCGGCAGGAACUUGGAGCCUCCGCAGACCCGGCCCAAAAGUCCACUGCAUGGGACACGAUGGUUUACAGUGUCGCUGAAGUCGAGCGCAUCACUCGUGUUGCGGCGAAUUUGGCUCUGGGCUCCAACCCCCCUCUCCCAAUCCACUCCAUUGACAAGGCAAACGUGCUCGCAAGCUCUCGUCUCUGGCGUAAAGUCGUCACCGAGACCCUCGCCAAAGAGUAUCCCCAGAUCCCACUCGAUCACCAUCUGGUGGACUCGGCUGCGAUGCUGAUCGUCGCCAACCCGCGAAAAUUGAACGGGGUCAUCGUCACCGAGAAUCUGUUCGGCGAUAUCCUCUCGGACCAAUCCAGCGUGAUUCCAGGGUCACUAGGUCUUCUCCCCUCCGCCUCGCUUGCAGGGUCCCCCGUUCUGCCCUCGUCCUCGGACUUCAAGCCCACUCUCGGCCUGUACGAGCCCAUCCACGGCUCGGCACCUGACAUCGCCGGCCAGGGGAUCGCCAAUCCCGUUGGCACCAUCCUGAGCGCCGCCCUGCUGCUGCGCUACUCGUUGGGACUGGAGAAAGCCGCCGCAGCUAUCGAACUGGCUGUCAGGAAGGUGCUCGAUACUGGAUUGAGGACGAAGGACUUGGGAGGGGACGCAAAAACGGAGCACGUUGGCGACCAGGUUGUAGAAGUACUCAAAGGUCUGUUGUGAACAAACUUGUAAACGAAAAAUCCAUGUUGUACAUUGUAAUGGUUGUAUCCAUUGUCUGAUCGCUUUUUCUGCCCCUUUCCCGUCCCAAUGAGAAUGUGGAAUCGGUGGAAUAAUCUAAGAUCUC